UUCCUUUGGCGGGAGGGUAGCAGCACGGUGACUAGUUGUUUGUUGGCUUGGCCUGCAGGGGACAUCUUUGAUGAAUUAUUUGCGGCAACUCCAGAGAAAGUGAGCUCUGUGAAAGAGGCUAUGCUGAGUUUUGUCAACCAGAAGCUGGAGCGCCUGGGCCUGUCUGUGCGGGAUCUGGACACCCAGUUUGCAGAUGGAGUCCUUCUGCUCCUGCUGAUUGGACAGCUGGAAGGCUUCUUCCUCCACCUGAAGGAAUUCUUCCUCACUCCCAGCAAUCCUGCAGAAAUGUUACACAACGUUACCCUGGCAUUGGAGCUGCUGAGGGACCAAGGCCUGCUGGGCUACCCCAUCAGCCCCGAGGACAUUGUGAACAAGGACACGAAGAGCAUUUUGCGGGUGCUCCACAGCCUAUUCUCCAAGCACAAGCUGAAAGCAGAUGUGGAUGGGGUGCCCGGUGGAACCCCAAAUUAACAUUGCUGCUCCCCCACCCCAAGCCGGGUCUCAGGACCCACGCUCUGGGCCCCGUGUCCCCCAUCUCCCUCCCAGCCCGGCCGCGUCCCGCGCAGUGAGUGCCUUUGAACCAGGAUGGGUACAUCUGCUGUGAGCCAACGCGCUGUGCUGAGCUUAUUUGAACAAGCAUGCUUCUGGGAGCCAGCUGCAGGCCUGUGAAGAGGACACUCAGCCCCGCAGGGGCGGGCGGCCCUGGCCCUCCGCAGCUCUGUGGUCUGGGCUGCCCUCUCCCCACUCCCUGCAGUCCAGACAAAGCACCGCCCUAGGGUCCCAGAUGCUCAGGCCAAGGGCUGAGGGCCUGGCCCUGGCCUCCGCAGAUGCUCAGGGUCCACCUGCCUCCUGGUGCAGGUCAUGGGCCCAGGAUCGCCAUGAGAGCCAGCCCCGCCCCCGGGAGAAGCAAUUUUGGUUCCUGCCAAAGCAUGGCGCGGCCCUGGCCGACCCCCACAGCUGGGCUGGGGAGCUCUGCCCCCAAAUCACGCCAAAGAAAUCUCUGUGGUUGACAACGA